AUGGAAAAGAUGAUGAAACAUCAGGAGAUGACCAGUAAAAAUUAUGAAGCCUCAAUGAGAAACUUAGAAAGGAGUAGAAGAACCUUGGUGAAAGACAAGGAAACUGACAAGAAGGCUAUAGAGAAUGAUAAGACCAUCAGCAAGAAAGAUGAAGCUAGCAACAAGGAAAAAGACAAGCAAGAAAAGGAAAAAGAGGAAACUCAAGCUCCAAAGAAGGGAAAGCAAGCUAUUGAGGAACAAUCACAAGCUUCUAAGAAGGGGGAGAAAUCGUGCACUCCUGCCAUUCCAUACCGUCAAAGGUUGCAGAAGGAGAUUAAAGACCAACAGUUCCCUAAGUUCCAAGAAGUGUUUAAGAAGCUAGAUAUCAACAUUCCACUUGCUGAAGCUCUAGAGCAAAUGCCUUUAUAUGCAAAAUUCCUCAAGGAGCUCAUUAACAAAAAGAAAAGCUGCCACGAGAAGGAAACUAUCAUCCUAACAGAAGAAUGCAGUGCUGUCAUCCAAAGAGGACUUCCUCCAAAGCUCAAAGAUCCAGGAAGCUUCAUCCUAUCUUGCACUAUAGGCAACAGAACAUUGGACAAAGCCCUCUGUGACCUAGGAGCCAGCAUCAAUUUGAUGCCCCUCUCAUUAAUGAAGAAGCUUGCAAUAGAGGAAGUCAAGCCUACCAGGAUGUCACUCCAAAUGGCUGACAGAUCACUCAAAAUACCAAAUGGGGUUGUGGAAAACUUGUUAGUGAAGAUUGGAGAGUUCAUCUUCCCCACUGACUUUGUUAACUUAGACAUGGAAGAAAAGGGACACAGUUCAAUCAUAUUGGGAUGGCCUUUCUUAGCAACAGCAAGAGCCAUCAUUGAUGUGGAGAAAGGAGAGAUGACCCUCAGGGUGCAUGAUGAAAAGAUUAUCAUCAAUGUCUUUAAGGCCAUGCAAUAUCCACUAGAGAAGGAGAAGCACAUGAGAGUAGAGAUGAUAGAAGAAGUGGAGGAAGAGCUACUGGAAGAUAACAACCAGGAGGAACAAGAGUUCAUAGAAAAGGAAGUGGUAGAAAUCUCCUUUGAAAGCAAGACAGAAGAGAAGCCAAAACAAGAAUUAAAGCCCCUCCCCCUCAUCUCAAGUAUGUAUUUCUUAGGGAAGCAGAUGCCUUACUAG